AAAAAGCCCCACAACCCUUCUUGAAUGCAGCAGCAACAUCCAUAAAAACAAAAACAAAACUCGAUUUUCUUUCUUCUCGAGAGAUAGGGAGAGGAGCUUCAAACCAUGACUGGGAUGGUUAUGGUGACGAGGGGCGGCGGCUGCGGAGGAAAGAGCUCGAAAUCCGCUGCGGCGGAGGAGCACGAUAAGCAGCAGCAGCAGCAGCAGCAGCAGCUCUCCUUGCUCGAUUUCAUCCUGUCAGCGCUGAGGAAAUCAAUGGUGUCUACGUGCAACAUCGACCGGGAAGAUCAGGAAGUGAUCUCAGCCCUCCAUCCCAUGGAAAUCGGGUGGCCCACAAACGUUCAGCACAUAACUCAUGUCACAUUUGAUAGAUUCCACGGUUUUCUAGGGCUCCCUGUUGAGUUCGAGGUUGAGGUUCCUUGCAGAGCUCCCAGUGCUAGUGUCAGUGUGUUUGGGGUCUCAGCUGACUCGAUGCAGUGCUCUUACGACAAUAGGGGGAACAGCGUCCCGACUAUAUUGUUGCUGAUGCAGGACAGGUUGUAUUCACAAGAUGGUCUUAAGUCGGAAGGGAUAUUUAGGAUAAAUCCGGAGAAUGGCCAGGAGGAGCAUGUUAGGGACCAGCUCAAUCGGGGCAUUGUGCCUGAGGACAUUGACGUUCAUUGCCUAGCCGGUUUGAUCAAGGCGUGGUUUAGGGAGCUCCCGUCUGGGGUUCUUGACGGGCUUUCUCCAGAGCAGGUGUUGCAGUGCAAUACAGAGGAGGAGGCAGUUGAUCUGAUCAAGCAGCUGCAACCGACCGAGGGUGCACUGCUCAACUGGGCAGUUGAUCUCAUGGCCGACGUGGUCGAGCACGAAGAAUCCAACAAGAUGAAUGCCAGAAACAUCGCUAUGGUCUUCUCCCCAAACAUGACUCAGAUGUCUGAUCCAUUAACUGCCCUAAUGCACGCAGUUCAAGUAAUGAACUUGCUGAAGACACUCAUCACGAAGACGCUGCGAGAGAGAGACGAGGCGGGGGACGAGGGCUACUCGCCCUCGUCCUCUCUCUCGUCAGAGAGGCAGUCCGACGAGGAGGAGGAGUAUGACAGCCAGCAGGAGAUGGAGACUAGCUGCGAGUCAGCCUCAGAGGAGGACGAGGAGAGAGACGAAGUCGAGUCGCUGGGCGAGAUAGAAGAGUGCUUCUUGAGGCAGCUGAAUGAGAACCAGAAUGCCAAAAAGGGAUUCUGCAAGCAGCUGGAGGGGAUCCUGUGCAGAGACCAGGAGAGUGGCUCCUCUCCCUUCAAUGCAGAUUCUAGCCUCUCCGUGUCGGAUAGUCGGGUCGAGAGCUCGUUCUUCAGCACCAGCGAUGGAGAAGACUCGAGAAUGAGCUCGGCUGUUUCCGGACUUAAGAUGGCUGCGGAGAACCAACCCUCUGCAGCCAUACAGGAACUCCACGACGUUGUCAACCAAGACAUGGACAUGGACGUGGUCGACAACGUCGGGGAAUCUGUAAUAAUGAAGCAGCUACCUGUCCCAGAUGCAGCUGUUUGAUCAAUUACAGAUUUAGUUAUGUUGUGUUAGGAUCUAGAAUUUUCUGCCAUGCCUGGUUAUGUAAAUUAAUUUAUGUGGUACUGUACUAUGUUUUAGGCAUUGAUGGACAUAGAUUGGUUUGGUUUUGUUGGUUGUAACUGUAUGCCACUGUUCAGUUUAGGGCUGACAUAGUGCUCCAUUUCUCCCCUUUGCUCCACCAGCAAAGUUUAGAUUUCCAGAAAAUCAUUAAUGAUGAAUUUGUACCUUAUUUCUCA